AUGCCCUUACUCUCUAUUCUUUGUCUCUUUCUAGCCUCCGCGAUGGUCUGCGUUACACAACCGCUAGAGGUGCGACAAUCGACUAGUUCCUUCGGUCUGUAUGCGUACGGCGAAGGCAUCAGCGGAUUGCCGGUUUACUACAAAGAUGUCACCGCUUCCGACAGUUCUUCGAGUACCUGGGUAGCACAUCCUGGUUCCAGUGACACUACCGCCGUCGCCAGCUCUGCCCCCUUCACGACCAACUUGAUCUACCUCGCUCAAGGCUUAACGGCAAACCCGGUCAGAUUCACUGGAACAUCCGAGUCUGCACAGUCAGGUAAGCUCACUGACGUGUGGUCUCUGUACGGCAAUUAUGUCCUCGUCAGAGUAAGUGGGGCCAACUUCUACGCCAAAUCGACCGGCACGGACGGCUUAUAUUCCCUGCUCUGGAGUACUUCGGCGGAAGCUAUGUCAGACACUAUCUCGCUGACUCUGCGGACUAUCGAGCCGGCGACACAGUCCGUGCUGAGCUGA